AUGACAAGUUUCCAGAAGGAUGAAGAUGAAGAAUCUAUUAAUACAGAAUUUCAUAGUCUAAGUGAUCUUUUGAUUACUGAUGUGGAAAAUAUAGAUUCAGAAAGUUUAUUUAGUCUUCCACCACAUCAUAGAUGUGCGAGUCAUACACUGAAUCUUAUAGCAGUGAAAGAUUCUGAUAAAGCACUAGACAGUGAUGCUGUAUACAAGAAGAAAUAUAGAAUGACAUUCGCAAAACUAAUAAAACUUUGGAAUAAGCAAAAUCAGUCGACACAAACAGCUGAUAAAAUAAAGGAAAAUUUGGGUGUCUAUUUAAAAACUCCUGUAAUUACCAGAUGGAACUCUACUUUUGAUUCAGUACUACAACUAGUAAAACUUUUGAAAAAUGAUUCCGAAAAAAUUAAUCAGUGUCUGGAUUAUUGCAAUUUGCAAAGGCUAACAGAAAAAGAAAUUAAAUUCCUGGAAGAAUAUUGUCAGAUUAUGGAACCUUUGGCCCGAGCCUUGGAUAUAAUACAGGGAGAAAUGGGGAUGUAUAUGGGAUUUUUACUACCAGUUCUGAAAACUUUACAAGAAAAAAUGGUAAAAUUCAACAAAAACGGAUUUACCCAUUGUCAAGCGCUUAUUACGGCUAUUCAAGAAGGUUUAAAUAAAAGAUUCUCGACAUUAUUUGAGGAUAAGAACUUAAUCAUCGCAAGUUCUUUGCAUCCGAAAUUCAAGUUAAAUUGGAUAGACGGACAAAAAAAGGAACAAGCUAAAACUUAUUUAGAAGAAUUAUUUGGUAUUAAAUCUACUGAAAAUUCCCCAGCUAGUGAAAAAUCCAUCGACGAUGACGAUUUUUUUCAUUUUAACCACCAAACAAAAGAAAUCGAAUCUUUACAAGAAGAAUUGUAUCGUUUUUUGAAGUCCAAUAAUUCUAACGUUAACAUGUUAAACGAGUAUCAUAGAAUAAAAAAAUUCUUUAUUAAAUAUAACACAGCACUCCCAAGUAGUGCUUCUGUUGAACGAAUGUUCAGCAUUGGUGGUUCCGUGGCGUACUACGACGCCUAUUCCUGUAAAAUAGUUCGCAAAUACAUUGCCCGCAAACCACGCAAACUUCACGUCGUCGCGGUGCUGAUAGUCACUAAUAGUGAUUCGACGUCCGACAUUAGUAACAUGAGCAAAACAACAAAUCAAGAUGAGACCCAUAUGACAACGUCUGAAUUAAUUCAAGCUCAUGGUUAUAUAGCUGAGACUCACCAGAUUUGCACGGAAGAUGGUUAUUAUUUAACAGUGCAUCGUGUACUUCCUAACGAUCGAGUACCAUCAAUGUCAAUAAAUACUGACAUCAUAAAUAUCGAUGCAGCUGUUAUAGAGAGUGAAAAUCAUAAUUUGUCAGUAUCUGCUGAAAGUUAUCAACUCUUGGAAACUUCCGGAUGUUAUAUCAGUUCCUCUAGAUUGCCAGUUAUAAUAAGUCAUGGACUUAUAUCUAGUUCUGCGGAUUGGGUGCUCCUGGGACCACACAAGGCUCUCGCAUAUGUUCUUUGCGACAAUGGAUACGAUGUUUGGCUUGCAAACGCUCGUGGAAACACUUACUCCAAAUCUCAUAAACAUUAUUCAAUCAAAGAUAAAGAGUUUUGGAACUUCAGUUGGCAUGAGAUUGGAUAUUAUGAUUUACCAGCAACAAUAGAUUACAUCUUAGAAAACACUGGUUGUUCCAACUUGUAUUAUAUCGGUUACAGUCAAGGUGCAACUUCGUUCUAUGUUAUGGGGAGUGAAAGACCUGAAUAUAAUGCCAAGAUCAAAGGAAUGAUAAGUUUGGCACCUGCAGUAUUUUUAGGGAAUCAAAAAAGUUCAUGUUUGAAGCUUCUUGCACAUCUUCACAGUAUAUGGGAGUGGGGAUCUUACGUUUGCAACAUAUAUCAAUGGUUACCUCGUAAUAACUGGCAAAGUUGUAUAUUGAAGACCUUUUUAAGCAACGCUCCUCACCCGAUGACGAAGGGUUUCUGUAAUUGUUGGUUUUAUCUAUUCGGUACCGAACAACUCGAUAAAUCUAUGUUACCUUUAAUAUUUGGACACUCCCCAGCAGGUUCUUCGGUCAAACAAUUCAUUCACUUUAGCCAGUUAAUAACCACCGGAUCUUUUCGGAAAUUUGAUUAUGGUACUAAAAUAAACUUGACUCUCUAUGGAUCUACACAACCACCUAAAUAUACUCUUGAAAGAGUAAAAGUACCUGUAGUGAUCUUUUACAGCGAAAAUGACUUUAUUAAUCAUCGUACUAAUGUCCAAAAACUGGCAGAAAAUUUACCAAAUGUUAUACAAACUGAAAAAAUAGCAUACGAAAAAUUCAAUCAUAUCGAUUAUCUCUGGGGCCGCGAUGCAAGAACAAUCUUGUAUAACAAUAUCGUGACUGUAAUGAAGAAAUUUUGACGUAUCGAGAUUGUAAACAAUUGUUAAUUUUGUACUUACAUAUACAGGGUGUCUCAGAAAGACCGGAAAGUAUUACAUGAACAGGU